AUGGCCAACAGUACCAAUUUAUCCCAUGGAGACCGGGUGGGCUGCACGCCGGGGCUGCCUGAAGUGCGUUCGGCUGAGGAAGAUUGGACUGGUCUGACGGACCCAGCGCUUCGGCGAAAACUGCAGAAUCGAUUGAACCAGAGAAUCUACCGUCAACGAAGAAGAGCAAAGCCUGCUGCAAAUACCUCUGAAUUGGACAUAAAUCCAGCCACAACAGAGAGAGCAGGGAACUCGCUAGCGUCGGAAGAUCAGUGUGAAAGGAUAGAACAGGAACGCACCAAUGCAGUUGCAAGCAGAGAAGAAAGUGAGGACGCUUUAGCUUCGCCUAAAUCUAGUAUCCAACCACCAACAUCGAUACAUCAGAUGAGUCGGGCGGAGAUCCUACAGAUCAUGGCGCAGUACGAGGCGAAGGCGCGUAAAGAUUACGCAUUAGGCUCUCCAAGAGUCGAUCAACUCCUGACUUUGAUCCAAUUUAAUGUUUUUCGGGCCCUUGUGGAUAACACAUCCGCGCUAGGAUUCACUAUGGACUGGCUGGAUGAAGAAGCCAUGUCCCCAUGGUGUGCAAGUGUAUCUGACUGUCGAAUCAGACUUUGCCCAAUCAGUCUACGCCCUACUUCAUUACAAAAGGAAAUUCCCCACCAUCCGUGGAUAGACCUUUUCCCAAUCCCCAAAAUGAGGGAUAAUUUGCUACAGAGAUAUGGAAACUUCGAUGAAGCUGCUCUUUGCAAUGACCUUGUUGAUUUCUAUGACGUUACAAACGACGAGACAUGUCUGAUUGUGUGGACAACACCAUGGCAUCCGACGGGGUGGGAAGUCAGUGAGACCUUUUUGCGUAAAUGGAACUGGGUUCUCAGAGGGUGUGACGAUCUGGCCAAAUCAACUAAUUAUUGGCGAAGAUUACGCGGAGAAGAGCCCUUGAAUUUCGAUUAUGGCCUGCAAUAA